AUGGCCGCACGAGCGGACGGAUAUACGAAGAUCGAUAAGCUCUCUAUCCUGGGAGUCCGCUCUUUCGAUAAUACGCGCAGCGAAACAAUCCAAUUCCACACACCCCUCACAUUGAUUGUCGGAUAUAAUGGCUCAGGAAAGACGACCAUCAUCGAGUGUCUCAAAUAUGCCACAACGGGCGAUCUUCCUCCGAACAGCAAAGGCGGUGCUUUCAUCCACGACCCGAAACUAUGUGGCGAAAAGGAGGUACUGGCCCAGGUGAAGCUGUCAUUCAAGGCCACUUCCGGAGCGAAAAUGGUUGCCACGCGCAGCCUACAGCUUACAGUCAAGAAAACCACACGGCAGCAGAAGACCCUGGAAGGCCAGCUGCUUAUGGUCAAAAAUGGCGAACGCACGGCUAUUUCAUCGAGAGUGGCUGAGCUGGACCAAAUCAUGCCACAGUAUCUCAGGUGUAUCAAAGGCCGUGCUGGAUUCGGUCAUUUUCUGCCACCAAGACGAAAGUCUGCUAUGAAGUACACCAAGGCCAUUGACAACAUCAAAGCACUGCGAAAGAAGCAGAACGAGGAGCUUGGCAAAUUUAAGAUCAUGGAGCAACAUGCGAAAGAAGACAAGGAUAAGGCAGACCGUGCCGAAAAGCGGUCCGUCAAGCUUCAAGAAGAAAUCGAGGCCUUGCGCGAAGGGACCCAGAAGAUGUCGCAAGAGAUGCGGCGUGUCGCGGAGCUUGCUGAUAAGGCUUGGACGCAAUCAGAAAGUUAUGCCCAAGUCCUCGGUGCUCUUGAGGGAAAGCGUAUCGAAGCUAAAAGUAUCCAAACAACCAUUGACAGCCUCAAGAGACAUUUGGUUGAGCUUGAUGAGUCUGAUGAAUGGCUUGAAUCUACCCUGGAGCAAUUCGAAACGAAGCAGCUCCAAUACCAGCAACAAGAAGAGUCACACAAGGAAAACUACAUGGAAAUUAAGGAGCGGAUUGAGCAGACUCGGCACCGCCUUGGCCUGAAACAAGCCGAGAAUGGAAAGUUUGAGAACGACAAGGCCAAUUUCGAGCGUCAGUCUCAAAGGCGCCAGAACAUGAUCAAUGAGAUUGCGCGCGCCAACAACAUCCGUGGCCUUGAUGAGACGAUGGACCAGUCUGAAAUUGAUACCUUCAUGCAGAAAAUAAAACGCCUUUUAAGAGACCAGAACCAGUCUCUGGAUCGUGUGAAGCGCGAAGCCCAGAAAGAGCUUCGUGAGGUUCAAGAAACAUUGAAUGAGAUUGGGCAAACCAAGUCUGCACUCCAAGAGACCAAGAAUGCGGCAAAACGACAGAUUGCUGCGAAUGACAAGGAGGCAACAACUUAUCAAAAGAAGCUCAACGAAAUCGAGGUUGAUGAGGGCUUCCAGGCUGCGCUUGAGUCAAAGGUUGAGGAUAUCACGUCAAGUCUUGACCACGCGAAAGAGCGAUCCAAGGCUGCUUCCUGGGAUCAAGAUAUCCAGGACACAAAUGCGGAAAUCCGCCGCCUUGAGGAUGAAAGCUCGAGAUUGAACACCGAGCUUAUUGAUUCAACCAAGAAGGCCGGAGAGUUGGCUCGCCUAGACCACCUUAAGAAAGAAUCGAAGGACCGUGAGCGCAGUUUACAAACGAUGAAAGGAGCCCAUGGCGAUCGCCUCGAGAAGGUUGUUGGGCCAGAUUGGAAACCUGAGACGCUGGAACGAGGCUUCCAGCAAGCUCUCGAUAGCGAAUCAAAGCAGGUGGCUGAUGCAGAGCGCGAGCGCGAUGGCGUGAGCCGAGAAUUGGAGCAUGUAGAGUUCAAGCUUAAGACUGCCAAGAAGAACCUCAAGCAACGCCAAAAGGAACUUGAUGAAUGCGUGAAGGAAAUCCAUGAAACAGUCGACGCGGGACCUUCCGAAUACCCUGAAAUUGUGAAGGAGCGCCAGGCACAGUACGAUCUCGCUCGCAAAGACGCUGAUCAAUAUGCCGGAAUGGGGGAGUAUCUCACCAAAUGUCUUGAUGCUGCUAAGCGCACCAAGCUGUGCCGAACAUGCCAAAGAUCGUUCAAGAACGAGGCAGAACUCCAGACCUUCACAAAGAAGCUGGAUGCCCUAGUCAAGAAAGCUGGCCUUGAUGCUGAAGACGAGACCCUAAAGGGCCUUGAAGAAGAUCUCGAAACAGCCCGCGCUGCUAGUGCAUCCUACGACACUUGGGUUCGUUUGUCAGAGACUGUCAUUCCAGAGCUGGAACAAGAAGAGCAAGAAUGUGAAUCCCAGCGUGACCAACUUCUGGAGAAGCUGGAAACUCAGGAUGGAAAGCUUAGCGAGAAGACAGAAAGCAAACGUGACGUUGAGGGGCUUGCUAAGACAGUGAGCACUAUUGCGCGUUACGAUGCCGAGAUUAAGACGAUCAAAUCACAAAUUCAAGAGCUUUCUGCAAAGCAGCAGGACGCUUCAACCGCUCGUACCCUGGAAGACAUCCAGGAGGAAAUCGCCUCCAUCAACGAAAAGUCACGGGAGUUGAAAAAGACUCUUUCGAAAGUGACGAAUGAGAAAGAAAAGACGCGAUCAGAGAUCAACAAGCUUGAGCUAGAGUUCAGAGAUGUCAAGAGCAACCUAGACAAUGCCAAAUUCCAGCUGGAAAAGAAAGCGGACCUGAAUGUCCGGAUGGAGGAAUUCAAGAAGCUCAAUAAUCAGCAGAGGGAGGCCAUUGAGAAGGCAGAUCGAGAUAUCGAAAAUCUCACGCCGGAGUUGCUUCAAGCCCAAGCCCGUUAUGAUGAUAUCAGCCAGCGAGCCGACGAGCGUGAACGAGAUCUGCAGCACGAGAUUAAUCGCUUAUCCGAGAACAUCCAUCAGCUUGACCUUGCCAAUGACGACAUCAACUCGUACAACCAGCGGGGAGGUCCGGGCCAGCUUGAGCGAAGCAAAAAGGAGCUUCAAGAAAUCGAAGCUGAAAUUGGCAGACUCGAAGCCGAUCAAAGCGAGAUCACAAGGGAGAUCAACAAAAUCUCGACCCAACUUAAAGACAGCGAAAACACAAAGCGGCAAUACUCCGACAACUUGACAUAUCGUCAAGCCACUCGAUCUCUCAACGCAGUUGUCGAAGAAGUCGAGCAAUUAGAAGCACAAAACGCUGAAGUGGACCGAGGUCGUUUCAAGCAAGAGUCAGAACGCUGGACUCGUGAACACAAUGCACUUGCUGCCAAACAGGCGAGCAAGAUGGGCGAAAUGAAGUCCAAAGACGACCAGUUGAUGCAGCUGCUGGCUGACUGGAACACGGAUUAUAAGGAUGCCGCUUCAAAAUACAAGGAAUCCCAUAUCAAGGUCGAGACCACCAAAGCCGCCGUCGAAGAUCUGGCUCGAUACGGUGGCGCUCUUGACAAAGCAAUCAUGCAAUAUCAUGGCUUAAAGAUGGCAGAAAUCAACGCCAUCGCUGGCGAACUGUGGCAGAAGACCUAUCGCGGAACGGACGUUGACACAAUCCUCAUCCGCUCCGACAACGAGAACGCCAAGGGCAACCGAUCGUACAACUACCGCGUCUGUAUGGUCAAGUCAGGCGCCGAGAUGGACAUGCGAGGCCGAUGCAGCGCAGGCCAAAAGGUUCUGGCUAGUAUCAUCAUUCGUCUUGCCCUUGCGGAGUGUUUCGGUGUCAAUUGCGGUCUGAUUGCUCUUGAUGAGCCCACAACGAACCUAGACCGAGACAAUAUCCGCUCUCUGGCGGAGUCGCUGCAUGAUAUUAUCCGCACUCGCCAGCAGCAGGCCAACUUCCAGUUGAUUGUCAUCACGCACGAUGAAGAAUUCCUGCGCCACAUGCAAUGUGGUGACUUCACCGAUUAUUACUACCGUGUUUCGCGCAAUGAGAGACAGAAAUCAAUCAUUGAGCGGCAGUCAAUUGCCGAGGUCAUGUAA